UGAUUUGCCCGGUUUUAAGCAUGGCGGUAAGCGUGGAUAAUAACUAUUUUUGUGGUGUUUAUCAUCUGUGGUAAUCUUUUGUUGAGAAUCUCGUGUUAUUCGUAAUUUUUAACUUUUUGGUGGAAAUAGUGUUUGAAUAAUGUGAAAUCCGUAAUUUCGCAAUUUAAAACAUUAAAGAAAACAAGGGACGUCUUUUGAUAGUGCAAACUAUGGCGUCGAAUGAAGAAGGAGGUAAUGAUGAUGAAAAUAAAGAUUAUUUGGAAAAACAAUCCUCGUGUGAGUCAGUACUGGAGUCUUCUAAGUGCCCAAAGUGUAUAUCAUCACAAAAUAAGUGUUCGUGUAGUGUGACUUCCCAAAACUCUGAAGAUGACAAUCUAAAUAGCCUGAACACUGUGGAUAAUUUGCAACUAACCAACAGUCUUACAACUAACUUAUGUGAUAAUAACAGUGAAGAUAAAGAAACUAUUAAGGAAAUGGUUCCAAAGAACUUUGUAAGCAGUACAGUUGCUGAUCCUGAGAACAAUGUUAGUGAUAAUCAGGAGGUUGUAUCAACAGAUGAAGCUAAGUUAAAUUCGCAAGAUGAUAGAUUAUUUGAUGCUAGUGAGAUAAAGCAAGAAGGUGAGCAGCCUGAAGUUAAACCAGAACCUCCUGAGCCUAGUGAUACAGACAACAAUAAAAACAGGUUUAAUUCAGAUGACAUAGAUAUAGAAGCAGAAUUAAGUGAGAAUAGUACAAUACACGAUCCACAUCCCAUACCUGAAACUCCACAAAACCUCCAAAAUACAUCUUUAAAAACUGCAAAAAAUAAAUUAUGUUCAAGUUUUGUUAACACUCUAGACCCUGUCCUGCUUACAGGUAAAAUAGAAAAUGAUCUUUUGACAUCUAUUGAGAACAUAGCAUACAGUAAAAUUAAAUUUAUGGAUAAACAUACACCUAGCUCUUCAGAUCCCAGCUCGUUAGAAAAAUCUAGAAGAACCUUUGACAUCAUUGACUUUAACCUAUCCAGGUGUAAUUCAAGUGAGGAAAAUUUAAAUACAAAAGAUGAAUCAAAUAUCAAUCCUGCAAUGUACUAUCCAUAUCCCACAUCUAAGGAUACUGAAAAUCUGCAAUCUUGGCCUUUAGCACGUGGCUGUGAUUCCCCUAAUGGGUUUAUAAAGAGUAACGUUACUUCUAUUACUUCUAAUAGCAGCGAAAUUAGUAAAGAUUCCUCUCAUCCAAUUGUAAACAAUCUAGCUGACCCCAAAAAACCAAUAAAGCCAAAGAAGAUAUGUUCCAGCCUGGUUGAGAAUAUGGAUUAUAAUUUGCUUAAAGGAAAAGAAGGAUAUGAGCUUUUAACGGCUGUUGAAAAUUUAGCAAAUAGUAAAAUUAAGGUCAUGGACAGACAUACGUCUAGCUCUACAGAUUCUAGUUGCUCCUUAAGAAAAUCAAGAACAAGGUCUGUUGAUAUUGCUGUGAAACCAACUACAGGAGUUAAAAGGGCUCAUUCUGAAGACAACAAUUUUUUGAAAGCUAAAGUGCCGAGAAUUGACCAAGAUUCCAAAAAUAAAAUAGUUAUAACAACUUCUUCAUCGACAUCUUCGUCAUCAAAAAGUGUGAACAAUAAGGAUGAGAGGAAGCAUAGGCAUGAGCACAAAAGUUCGAAAAAAUCAUCGCAUAAUUCAAAAUAUAAACACUCGAGUCAUAGAAGCGAGCCUAGAGCAAGACUUCUUACCAAUGGCAACUAUAGUUACCCCCCUGAAGACAAAACACUGAAAUACCGAAAAUACUACCACAUAGAAACGCAUACCAAUGGAGGUGCUAAGAUCCUCAGAAUGUAUCAAGAUGAAAUAAAACAUCUUAGUCCCUCUGAGUCUAAAGAGUUAGCAAAUGAGUUCUUCAAACUAGCAUUCCAAGAAGACAAAGAUGGCUGGGCAACGUUUGUAGUUGCAGUUGUUCAUGGCGGAGCGACUUACCUUCCAGACAUUUUGACCUACAUGGCAGAGACGUACCCUACCCUUACUGUCAAGAAUGGAUUGUUAAGUAAGAGUUCCGAUAUCGAAACAACGACGCUGGCAAAUUAUCAUGAAAAUGUUUGUAAACACUAUGAAGCUGGCACUGUUCGAUAUGGACCACUUCAUCAGAUUAGUAUUGUUGGCACUGCACAUGAAGAAGUGGGUGGAUAUUUUCCUGAUUUGUUAUUAAUGUUGGAAGAUAACGACUUUCUGAACUUGACAAUGCCUUGGGGAGCUUUAUCCAUUUGUGAUCAGAUGAGACCUACAGAGAGUAACGAUGGACCUAUUAUUUGGUGUAGACCAGGAGAACAGCUUGUACCAACAGCAGAUUCUAAGUCGCCUAACAAAAGAAAAAGAACUGCCAUAAACGAGUUGAGAAAUCUUCAGUACUUGCCAAGAAUGUCAGAAGCCAGGGAACACCUAUUUGAAGACAGGACGAAAGCUCAUGCCGACCAUGUGGGUGCUGGACUGGACAGAAAAACCACUGCUGCUGUUGGAAUUCUAAAAGCUAUUCAUGGUGGAAAACAAGAUGGGUCUAUUAAUAGGGUUACAAAGGAUGUAGUAGCUUUCUCAGCUAAAUAUUUUGACAUUUUAUCAGAAAAGCUACAACUUGAUCUUCAUGAACCACCAAUAUCACAAUGUGUUACUUGGAUAGAAGACGCAAAGCUGAAUCAGUUACGAAGGGAUGGUAUAGAAUAUGCAAGAGUUAACUUAUAUGAUAACGAUAUUUAUUUUUUGCCAAGAAACAUUAUUCAUCAAUUCCGAACUGUAACAGCUGUAACCAGUAUAGCUUGGCACGUUCGAUUGAAGCAAUACUACAACCUGGAAGACCUCAAAGGGACAGUCAGGUAUAUUAGUCAACUACCAAAUAAGAGUGUUACGCCGACAAAACCAGAAAAAUCACCACUAAAAUCGUCAAAUCACCCAGAUGAAGACAAGCCACCUAUCAAAAUGAAACUGAAGUUAGAUCUUAACAAAUACGUCCCUGCGGAAAAAAUACGGAGUCAUGACGAAAAAGAUAAGGAGAGAGACAAAGAGAAGAAACAUAAACACAAAGAUCAUGAUAGAGAAAAAUCAAAACAUAAAGAUAAACACAGGGAUAAACACAAAGAAAAACAUAGAGAUAAGGAAAGACAUAAACAUGAUAAAGAGAGAAAACAUAAUCACAGUUCGCACAGGGACAAAGAGCAUAAACACGGUGAUAAAGAGAGAAAGCAUCAGCAUGUCUCCAAGCAAGAACGAUUACAAGAUCCAACCCACAAUAAUCAUAACCAUGUAACUACAGAAAACAGUGGUAACAGUACCAAGCCUAAUAUAAGCAGUAACCUUAAUUACAAAAUAAGUCCAAAUGAUUCGAACAUUAUUUCAUUAAAUUCUGAUUUACAGGCAACACCACCGAAAAGAGUUAUGAUGGAAUCUACCAAGCUUGUAAUGCAGUCACCCACAAAAAUUGUUGUUGAGUCCGCAUCCAAAAUUUUUACUGAGUCCCCGAUAAAAAUCCUAGAACCCCCUACAAAGAGUGCUGCUGAUUCGACAAGUAAUUCUCCUGUAAAGCUCGUUGAGUCACCUGUCAAAAAACACAAACCCUUUAAGAUUAAGAUCAAAAACCGUCAGUCCACUGACGUUCUUGGUGAUAUUUUACUAGAAAUGAAUAAGUGUGAUCCACCAUUUUAAUAUUAAGCUACAGGUCGAUCAAAAAGUGAGUCCAGAACGUCCAAGAACUUCUCGAUGGCACUUUUUGUUCGAGCUGUAGAAGCUUUGAAUACGUUUUGUCCACAUUUAAUGUCUCCAAAAAUUUCAACCCUUUUUCCAUGAUGAAUCUCUUUUCAAGGAUUAUCAUGUAGAUAUGUAUGUACAAUUUUUGAGAUAGACCUACCUCAGCAUUCUAUUCUCAUUUAUCCCAUUGUUGUAACUACGUUCAUCUCCACAAAGGCUAACACAGUCACGUUGCAUUUUCGAGGUUUAAAUACACUUCCGGCUAUUUUAGAAUCCUAGAGCUUAGAGCACUAGGUUAUGCAUUGAAGGAGAAAAACUUUUGUAACUUAGUCGGUAAUUAAUGAAACUUUUGAAGCACCAGUACAGUUAUUUGGUUGCCAUUUGCUAUAUUUUAUUUUUCUCUGACUUAAGCCUUUUCUAAGAAAUAACGUUUUUUUAUUCAGUCAUCUUUGAUAAAUGAUUUUGGGGAUCACAAUAUUUGGGAAUUUUUCUGUAAAUUUGGUUCUUUAAUUGUUUCCUUUCACUAUUUUAUUCACGCUCUUACUUUGAGUUUUCCGUAAAACGAGACUCUUGGGUAAAAGUAGUUUUCAUCUGAGAUUCAAGUAUUUGUGUUGAGUAUUUGGUUAAAGUAUAGAUAUGUGUAGCCUCACCUCUAGUAUUGUUAAAUUGUGUUGUCUUCAUUCGUGUGGUCUUUAUUGAACUAUUAAUGAUUGCAUUUCCAAUCUUUCAGUUAAAGUCGCCGUUAUGGAUAAAUGGCAGACCAAAUAGAUUAUGGUGUAAGUCAGUGUACCAAACUUGAGAUGUGACAACAAAAAUAGACCAGUAUAAAAUGCUGAAGAGAGUCAAAAGCAAAUCUUGAUUUAAACUGAAUAUACAUAUUAUAUCUUCUUUCGCUAAUUACUGUAAAAACAAAUUAAUAAUUUUUUGUAUAACUGAACUAAGGCACAUAUACCUUAUUUUUAUGUUUUAGUGACAUAACUACUUAAAAUGGCGGACGGGUGCCAUUUUUGUAAAAAUAUUUUAAAUGUGAUCAUAUGGCAAGUAAUAUUUUACUUGAAAACUCUUGUUUGUGUUACAUCUCUAAUCAUUGGGUAGUUUUCAAAAUUUUGUGGUAAACGCUCGAAUAAAUGAAAUUUCUUUUUCCAGUUUGCCACAUUCUGGCGGAAGUCAUUAUUUUUUUAUUGACGUCUAUCAAAAAUAGGACACCAUCGACUUUUUUUAUUAACCUUUAACUACACGCGCUGGCGUACUUUGUACGCCAGAUAUAAGAAUUCUACUGGAAAUAUAUUUAAAAAUUUAAUUUUUGACCUUGCUUAUUUUUCUAACCUAUCACUGGAAUGUGCUUUACAAUUUGGUUUUAGUUUCGUUAUAAUCGGCGUUCUGGAAAGAUCGUAAUUGACAUUUUAUUAUUUGUUGUUUCCGGUGGUGGACAAUAUACCUCAGGAUUAUAUUACUAUAAGUCGUAAUAUAAGUACAUAUUUUAAUUGUUUUUUUAGUCAUUAUGGCAAAAAAUAUAUUUUUCUUUGUAAACAAUACUUUUUCUCCUGUAAAAAAUCAUAUUUAAAAAAAAAUUUUAUUAGUAAUUUUAUAUGGAAUUCAGUUAUUCCAUGAUUCCAGUUAUAAAUCCCAAUUGCCUUACUGAAAAGGAACUCCAAGUAUUCACUGAUGCCGAAUAAGGUUUAUAACAAACAACUAAGUUUAUUUUUUCAAAAAAAAUUAAACAAAUCCGCUGUUUUUAAGUGUAUUUUCUUGUGGCGUACAAAGUACGCCACGCGUGUAGUUAUGUUAUAACUUAAUGCGCGGGUAGUUAAAGGUUAAAUGACAAUAUAUGGUGUAUGAUAUGUUUUACUCUAUAGUAAUGUUUCUAGAAACAAGAUAAAAUUCUUCCUUCACUGGCAUUCAGUUUAAUUUAUAAUUCAGUUGUCGCCAUUUUAAGACGUGACUGAAUAUAAUCAAAAAUAUCUAAGUAUAUGCACUAGGGCAAGAGCUUUCAAAUUAUUCUUCUUAUCAUAAUCCUUUCGGCCUCUCAGUUCUUCCUUUACCCAUUUUUUUCAUUUAUUUCUAUUUUUGACCAUCGUCUUUAAUUAUUCAAUACUUUUCCCUUUAUUCCUUCCUAUUUCUUUGAUCUGAUCUACUUAUCCAUUUCCUUAUGUGUCUUCCCCUUCUCCUUUUCCUUCGGUUUCUCAGUAUUUGCCUUAUAAUUCUUUCUGGUUUUGUUUUAUUAAUAUGUCCAAACCAGAACAUUCGCUUCUGUUUAAUGUACUCGCUAAUAGAUUUCUGCUUUAUCAUUUGUCUGAUAUCUUCAUUUCUUAUCCUGGCCCAUUUUGUUUUCCCGGACAUUUUUCUCAAAUGUUUCAUUUUGAUUGCGUUGAUUUUUAUGAUUUGUCCAGUUUUUGCUUGUAAUAUACAGGGUAGCGAGAAAGUAUGGAAACACGGUGAUUUCUCGGAAACCGCUCGAACGAUUUUUAUAAAUUUUGGUGGGUAGGGGUGUCCUAAUGCGGCCAAUAUUAUAGUCGUAACUACAUUAUUGUCAAAUCUUCCGUUUUUCUGGAAAUCUAAUGAACUUUCUUAUUUUAAAUGGAACACCCUGUAUAUUUUUUACGUUUUGAAGUCCUUAAGAAUUACUGCUUAUUUUUCAUGUUAUGUUCCCUAUACCUAAAUGCCAUAAUAUCGGAGUUAUUGCUACAUUUAUUAAAAAGAAAAUUUUAACAAUUUAUAAAAAUCAAUUUUUUCGGCCCAAGUAGACAUUAUUUUAGGUUCUUUGGAUCAUUGGGAACAAAAAAGGUAUUCUGUAAUUUUCCUCAAAAGUUAAUCGUUUCCGAGUUAUAAACAAUUUAAAACUGAAAAAAAUCGAAAAAUGACGAUUUGCAAGGUUCAAAAGCACAAGUAAAAAAUCAUUUUUAAAAUUACGAAGUACCUAAAUUCAAGCUCUAACCUUUUUCUAUCAGAUCCCUAUAAGAAUUUUUGGCAUAUUUUAUUCUAAAACAAUGUUUUUUUUUUUAAUUGUUAAUAAAGCUCAUAUGAGAGGACGGGCUAUCGCGCAUCAUUAACAACUAAAAAAUAAUGUUUUAGAAUGAAAUAAGACCAAAUCACUUAUCGGCAUCUGAUAAAAUAAGGUUUGAACUUGAAUAUAGGUAAUUCAUAGUUUCAAAAAUAAUAUUUUUUACUUAUGCUUUUAAACCCAGAAAAUCGUAAUUUUUCGAUUUUUUUCAGUUUUAAAUUGUUUAUAACUCGGAAAGGAUUAACUUUUGAGGAAAAUUACAAAAAGCCUUUUUGUUCCCAAUAACUCAAAGAAUCUAAAAUAAUAUCUACCCGGUUCAAAAAAAUUAAUUUGUAUAAUUUGUUAAAUUUUUUUUUUAAAUAAAUGUAGCAAUAACUCCGAAAUUAUGGCAUUUAGGUAUAGGGAACAUAACAUAAAAAAUAAUCAGUAUUUCUUAAGGACUUCAAAACGCAAAAAAUAUACAGGAUAUUCCAUUUAAAAUAAGAAAGUUCAUUAGAUUUCCAAAAAAACGAAAGAUUUGACAACAAUUAAUUAUUACUAUAAUAUCGGCCGUAUUAGAAUACCCUUACCCUCCAAAAUUUAUAACAAUCGUUCAAGCGGUUUCCGAGAAAUUACCGUGUUUCCACACUUUCUCGCUACCCUGUAUUAUUGGCACUGUUAUCAUAUUAUAAAUUUUUCUAAUUAUUUGGCAUUGGUGGCGCCUGUGUCCCAAAAAUAAUUUAAAAGUGGCUUAAUUCAGGUACAAAAAUUUAUUUAGUUUUUUGGUUCAAAAAUAGUUGGGAAUGGACUGUAGAGGAGCACUCUAUAUUGAAAAAUGUUGAGAUCUAAAAAAAAAAUAAGAACAUUAACAACUGGACCAAGUUCACUGUAAAUGUUCAUCAGACUUGAAGAAGUAAUGUAAUUUUAGUCAUAUUCGGUUUAAAUCAGAUUCUCAAAUUCUCUUAUAGGUAGAGAUAAAUAGAAAUACAAAAUGAACAGGGUAUCCAUAACUGUUUGGUUACAAAAAAAAACAGUUUUUACUUUAGUUUUUUAUUAUUUAGUUGUGGGAAAUUAUGAUAAUAUUAAUUAUUGUUUAUAUUUUGUGAUUUAUUUCAUUGUAGUGAAAAUUAUAAAAUUUGGAUCCUAGAAGCCCAAUAUUGUUUUUUGCAAAAUUGGGACAUUUUCCCUAUAUUUAACAGUUUUUAUUUAUUAAUUAUUCUUUUAAUUAAUUAACUUUCUUGAACAAGAAAGUAGUAUACUUACACAUUGAUUUGUAUUAUUUAAAAAUAUGGUAUGCUUAUAUGAACGAUGUGGGUAAAGUGGGGACUUACGGUUAAAUCGGGGGAAACCCAGGCUUGGAACGCCCAUUUUUUGGCAAUAUAUUGUUAGACGGAUAACAACUUGUAAAUAAGUUUUAGAUUUUUGAUAAGAAUAAUAUUUCACGAUAUAUUUAUUGUUUGUUUUAGUUGUAAAUUGAGAUAUAUGCUAAAAAUUUGUAUAUAGUUUAAUUGAGACCUAUUUUAGUACAUUUUACAGGAUCGCUUCUUAGAUAUAACUACUGAUUGUUUUCAAAAUUUAAUUUUUCAUAUAAACUAUGAGUGUUUCAAUACCUAAUUUAAGAAUACAUUUGAAGAUUUCAGUUGUUGUUCAGACGAUCAUGACUAUUUUUAAGAUUUCUUUAAACUGCAUAAGUUUCAAAAAAAAGUUAACUUGCUUACUCAUAAAAACACUACAGUUGUAGUGUUUUGAAACGUCAGAUGUUCAGUCAAAGUUAAAGGAUAAUAAAACUUUUUUUUAAUUGUAUUAUCUUGUUUCAUUGUAGGAUCUGUUUAAAAACUAAGAAAUUGUACAAGCUUGUUGAAUACAUUCAAUUGUAUGUGUAGAUCAAUAGCAGAUACUGCUAACGCGCUUUAAGUCGUCAGUCCAUCUGGUUGGUGGCCGUCCUCUGUUCCGUAGUGCUUCUUCUCUUGGCCCUCCACUGGACAAUACGUUUUGUCCAUCGGUUGUCUGAUAAUCUAACGACGCGAUUUUUUUGAUAGAGUCUGUUGUUUUUGUUAUAGGACGUAUUUCUUCGUUUGGGAUUCGGUCUUUCAGUGAGACAUCCAACAUCUCUGCCGCUCCAUAGCCCUCUUAGUCACAUGAAUCUCGUUCAAUACCUUUUCUGUGCGUUUGAAUGUUUCCGUUCCAUAAAUGAGUGCAGGUAACACACACUGGUCAAAGAUUUUCCUUUUUAGGCAUAUGAUUUAAAUAAGAAUUUAAUUUGCUAAACGUAGCCCAGGCUAAUCAUACACGACGUGGGAGCAUACAUAUUUGGUUAUCUCUGCCCAGUGCCCAACCAAAUUUCAUGUCCCAAGUACUUGUAUAAUGCGGUCUGCUCAAUAUCCCUCCAAUGAACAGCAAUAUUUCGAUUUAGCACCAGAUUAGUCAUUUGCAUCUUGUUCAUGUAAAUCUUUACUCCUUCCUCCAUUCUUUUUCUGAGAAGUUUUAAUAUUUCUCUUUAUUUAUAGUCUCUCAGAUUGUAGGAACACUUCGCUAGUGCUAGUGUUCUUUUAGUUUUUCCGUGAGGUUUUUGUCAUUAUUCAUUAACGACCAUGAAUGUAUAAAGUUGUCCAAAUAUUCCAAUCCCAUAUCACGAAUUAUUAGUUUAGGUAUCUGAUUAUUUGCCUUAUGAGGGGCACAUGUAUUUUCUUCUUUUGGUAUUCUAGUCCCAUUUCAUUGCAGGUGUUAUCUUAUUAGACUACCCACAAUCAGUUUAUUGUACCUUGGACUAUCGGUUUCGAACACUGAACUUUGCUGUUCAUCGUCAGGUCUACGGACAGGUUACUUAAGUCAUGCCGAUUCAAGGAAUGUAGCUAUAUAGAAGCAUACUUAAGCUCAAUUAUGCUAGUCUGUUGUCUAAGGAUUGUCAGCUUAGGAGAGAUAGGAUAAACAAUAACUGUGUACUAGCUUUUUCCUUAAGAAAAAUUCCACAUUUUUCGAUGUGUAAUAAAGCUGAUGACCCUCAAACAACAGCGUAGCGUAACUGAGCGUUAAGUAUGCUUCUAUAUAACUACAUUCCUUGCAUCGGCAUCAUUUAAGUAACUUGUUCGGCGCCCUGGCGAUGAAGAGCAAAGUUUAUUGUUCGAAACCGGUCAUCCAAGGUACCUCAGAACAGAAUUUAUACGUUAGUGUUACCCCAGUGACAAUUCUUGCGUAAAACUAGUCAUGUUUCAAUCAGUCAGGUCCAUGCAGGAAUGUCUAAUUUACUCUAUACUUUUUAAACAGAUCUUAUCUAAGUGGUUACUAUUGAUUUUAAAUAAUGUGGUAAUUAUUAUUUUAUGUAAUCGUUUAGUGCGUUUUCAUAGUUGAUUGUAAUUUUGUUCCAGUUACAUCAUUGUAGCUUUCAUAUUGUUUUCCCUGUGAUCAACGGGAAACCAUAAUUUAUUAUAUUUACUUUGAUUUUUGUCCGUUUUGUUAGUACAAAAAUAUAGUACAAAUUAAGGUGUUGAAAACUCCUAGAUUUCCCAAAACUUAGGUUUUUAUCAUUUUGAAAAUAUAAUUGCAAUGUAAGACUUGCCAUUAAUUAACAUAAGUAUAGAAUACAGUUUUAUUUAUCUUUUUUAGACGAAGAUUUCAGUCCUAACUAUCAGUGAUAGUCUGAACUGUUCUCUAUACGAGUCAAAUUCUUUUUCGGUUAAGGGAUAAAAAAUUUUAUAUCAGAUCUCGAAACCUUUAAAGUUAGUUGUCACAUAAAAUACAGGUGAAACGGGUAAUAUAGGAACACUAAAUUUUCCGUAUGACCUUAUGUGAAAACGUUAACUCAGUGACAUCACUUUCCUGUAGCUUCAAUAUUUUUUUAAAUAGUCGUAAGAGUGUGAUUCCUUAAAAUGGAAUGUAAAUAUGUACAGGUGGAAUAUUGUACAGUUUUUAUAUAGUAAAAGACUUCUAUGCAAAAUGUUGUAAAUAAACUAAGUGAACUAUAUAACGAUGUUAGAAUGUUGUAACGAUAUUUUUUCAUAUCACAGCUAAAUAGUUGUUUUCAUGUUAUUGAAAAUAAUAAUGUGUAUUUUUCUUCAUUGUAUUGGAUGUCUCAACAAAAAUUUACAUCUAGACAAUCGACAUAUCUUAGUAAUCUCUAUAAAUCGAACCUAUUAUAUGGCAAAUUUGAAGUUUCUUCUUGUGAUGUAUUUAUGUUAGUCAAAAUUCUUCUAAUGCAUAUCAUAUUUACAUUUUUGCGAGCACAUCGCAUCUCUUCUGCCAUCAGGUGUUCAAAAUACGAUGCUUUUCUAAAUUUUACAUAAGCAUUUUUACUCUUUUCAUAUUUAUCCAGGAUUGUUUUAUUCAUGUCAUACAUAGGUCCAAGGUACCCUAAGCAUAUAAUGAGAGCAUUAUAUUUUGAGGGUUUUUAAAUGGUUAACUCAUUCGCUACUACACCACUUUUUGAUUUUCGUCAGACAUGUGUCAAGUGAAAGAAUUAGUGUGAAAGAGUUUGUGUCACCAAUGCGCGCCAUGACCUCUUUGCUAAGAGUAAGUCAGUAAUUCGUGACAUGCGCACUAAAAGGUUUAAAGGCCUAAUGUUUUUGGUAUAAAACAAUAUUCCUGUUCUCCUUGUUCUUGUUUACUAUAAGAAUGUGUGUCUUCUUACAGUUGUCACUCCAGGUAGGCCUUCAGUUGUAUCAGCUAAUAGCAGGGUGUAAUCUUCAUAUGUAGAGAUUGUUGAUCUCUGUUUUUUUAAACAGUGGAGGUGCAAGAGUAUACAACCCUGUCCGACUCCUCUCUAUGCGAAUUUUUUUGGAAUUUGGUUAAUACCAAAUUUAAUUUCGUAUGUUGAUCAGCUAUUUUACUGUUUGGAUACCUAACUAAUUAUUUUCUCCCUCUCUCCAAUGGCGCUGCAGCCCAAAUCGAGCUUUGCCCCCCUUCCAGACUAUGCCUCCAACCUUGCUGGUCACGCGUCAGUCUUCUCCAGGUUCUCAGGUCUUUCUUUUUGAAAGCUGGAGGAACUAUUUUCUUCGUUCUGUUUUCCAAUUUCGUACUCAUUAUCACUCUGGCUCAUAACAUGGCACUCAUACUCAUUAACAAAAUCGUGCUCUGAGCCUGCUUCUUCUCACUCCAUCCGACCUUUUCCUACUGGUCCUAGUGCAGCCCAUUGGCUGAUUGUAAAUCUUCCAUUUGUUCAUGAUACCCAUUUCAGAGAGUAUUUUUUCCUGUGUAAAAGUACGUCAAAAAUAUAUUUUGGCAUGUAUUCUUCUUCCUCGUUUUGUUUGUUGUGCUAUUUUAUCCUUUCAUAGUAUACAGACUUUUAUAUCAGAUUAUCUAACUCUAACUCAUUCAAAUUGUCUAUUAGUGUAUCUUUGGUUCCUACUUGUCUGUUUAAUAGCAAAUUCCAUCUGUCUCGCAGAUUCACUCGUCUAUAUUUUCUGAUGAACAUGAUAAGCUUGCAUAUUGGCCAUGAUUUUUUUAACAAACAAUUUUCAUAUUUUAACUACUGAAGUUAGUAAUCAGAUGAGACUAAAUCAAAGAGCGUUACAAUAAUCAUAAUUUUUGUGGCCAUUUUGUUAUUAACUGCAGUAUUUCAGUUGAAAAGUCUAGAUGUAAAUUUUAUCACUGUGUAUGUAAUCAAAUGAAUGUAGUAAACAUAUAAUACAGCCAUCGCAACAAGAAGUUUGAGUUAUUUCAGUAUUAUUUUCCUUAAGACCAUUUCUUAGUAGUAGUAGUUUAAUCAAAUUACAUUUUGUUUGAUUGUUUUGGUUGCAGAAUGAGAGCACUAAAAUAUUUUUGGAACGUAAGCUUUCACGGUCGGAUUUUCGUAAUGAUACCCUAUUUUCCGGGCUUAGAGGCCGUGCAAUGCAAUUUUUUCUUCCUGGAGUUUCUUUUAUGAUUGUGGCAGAAAUCGUAAACUGGCGAAAGCUCCCGCAUCGCAUCCAAUAGUGUCUACGUCUACCACAAUCACAGACGAAAUUUCAGGAAAAAAUAAUGUUAAAUCAUGGCUUCUAAACCCUUUAAACAAUGUAUAAAAAUAAUAUUCUUUGGCUAUCACGAUCCACAGUUGUCCAAAAAUGUUUUUAACUGAUUUUCUGAUUAACAUCAAAAAAAUUCAUUUUUUAUAACUGAACUAAGGCAUCUGAUGUGACGUAAUCAUUCAAUUCAAUCGUGUACAGACGGCAUUUUGUAAAAUUAUUUUAAAUGGAAUGAUAGGCCAUGUAAUACUUCAUUUGAAAAUGUUUGUAUCAUUCAGUAUGUGUAGAAAUGCCAUACGCUAAAUAUGUAAAUAGUGUUUCUAAUGUGGGAAUAUGUCGGGCUCUUUCAAAAUGGAGACCGUUUCGUCUUGAAUAGCGAUAAUAUGAACAAAUUAAUACUAUUCAUAAUAUUUUUUCUAUUUGUUGUGAUUUGGCUUAUGUGGUCAUUCCAUUCUACUCUUCUGUUUUUUACCCGGUUAUUAAUAUUAUCCAUCUUGCAUCUCCGUCGUGUCUUACCAUCUAUUUUUGGAAGGGUUCAUCUCUGUUGUUUCGAGCAAUCUUUUUGUCCUUUCUGUGUCAGGUCGUGUUUCUGCCGCGUAUGUCAUUAUUGGUGGGAUGACUGUUUUGUAAAUUCUGCCUUUCAUUUCUUUCUCGAUAUUUUUAUUUCUCUAUAUUGUUUGAUUCAGGCAACCUGCGGCUCUGUUUGCUCUAUUCACUUGAUCUUCCACUUCUGUUUCAAGCUUUCCGUAACUAGAUUGUGUGAUGCCUAGAUACUUAAACUCAAUCAUUUGUUCUAUCUCAUUCGAUUUGCUGUUAUAACCAUGCAUUUUGUCUUUUUUGGGGAAAUUAACAUGUUAAAUUUUCUGGCGGUUAUAUUAAAUUGAUGCAGCAUACGUUGUAAAUCAUCUUCACUUUGAAAAAUUAGUAUUUGGUCAUCUGCGUAGCAGAUUAUUUUAAGUUGUUUUUCUCCCAUUUGUUAAUCCUUUUUAGUUCUAACUCAGUCUAAGAUAAUUACCAUAAUUCAAUGAUCGUAAAACAUUUUAGACAUUCUAGAUGUAUACCGAGUCACACAAAAUCUUUCAAAUGAUGGAUCACAUAUUUGAAAUAUUAGAUCACAUAUUGUGGUUUAAGAAAAAUGUUGAGAAAGUCAUAUUUUGAUAGUUGUCAAUAAAUACAAAAAUGAAUUACAUCAGUGUACAGGAAAUUGGAAAAAUAGAUUGGUCCAUUCGAGCCGUAUAUUAGUAGUAGUUCAUACUUUUUUGCACUGUGGCCAUUUUGACACUUCGCUACACAUUCGUUAAAAAACGUAGGAACACACUGAAUGAUACAAGAGCUUUCUAAUAUAUUCCAUGACAGGUAUAAUUAUUAUAAUUUGUGGUUUUAUUGAAGAUUCUUUUGAUUUUGUUUGGGAAGGCUAAAGACGAAAUAUGUUAGUGCUCUCUAUGAUUUGUUAAAAUGUGUGCAAGUACCUGAAUAAUUAUGAAUUUGGUUUUUGUGAUAUUUGAACACAUUUUGUAUGUAUGAUUGUACUACUUUAAUCAAUCAAAAUGAGUCAUUACGUGUUUUUUUUUUUUGUAAUUGUACAGACUAAUAAUAGUUAUCGCUUUCAGUAAAAGUGCACAUAAUUGUAGACGUAUCAUAUUUUAUAUAAUUUUUGCGUUUUGUAAUUAAUUUAAAUAAAAUAAAGUACUAUCAUGCAUACGAAAACUAACAAGAAGUAGUAUGAAAAUUAGCAAGCAGAAGUAUUUUAAAUGUAGAAUAGUUUCCAUUUAAAGUAUCUUCGAAUGGAAACCAAAGUUGUUACUUUUAUAGGCACACUAAAAUUCUCUUAUAACCCCAAACGAUUUUUGUACUAGAUUCCUGCAAUUGAUAUUGUUUCUGAAUAUACCGAGAGUUUGUAUUUUGUACCACAACAUUGCUCCCUUGAGAACAAUAAAAGAUACGGGGUCAUUCAUAUAGGUCUAACCCGCAAACCCUUUAUAUAUAUAUAUAUAUAUAUAUAUAUAUAUAUAUAUAUAUAUAUAUAUACGAUUUUUGAACUCCUGAGUGGAGCAUAAAGCUUCAGUGAAAACGCGCCAUUGAGUUAUAUUUUGCGCUAAGACUGUCACAUUCUAAGACUUUCCUUGACCUCUUAUCUCGUCCAUGAUGGAUCUUCUCAAAGGUUGUACUGGGCGACCUCUUUUUCUUUUUCCUUGGGGAUUCCACUCUAGGACGGUCUUUGCAAUAUUGGAGCUGUUUUUUGGAAGUGUGUAACCGAUCCAAUUCCACUUUCUGGACUCUAUUUCAUUCUUUAACCUCUUUUGUUCGGUCAGGUGUAGCAGGUCUUCGUUUCUGAUAAUGUAAGGCCAGAAAAUACUAAAAAGUCUUCGGCAUUCAUUAUCAAAAACCUGCAGUUUGUCUGUGAGGUUUUUUAUCACUUUCCUGGAUUCACAUUCGUAGACUAGAACAUAAAUGACAUUUUACUAGAAUAUUUGGAUCUUUGUCUUUGUAGUAUACUGGUCAGACCUCCAAACAGGGUUGAACAUGCUGAAUGCUUGUUGAACUUUACAUAUCCUCAUACAAUAUAGUCUUCUGUACGUUCACUUUCUGUUAUGACACUUCCAAGAUACGUACAAUUUUCCACAUUUGCAUUUGUUUACAUUUUCAAUCCCUUUAAGCAAGCUAAUAAUAAAGAAUGUCACCUCUACCACUUCAAGUAUAUAUAUAUAAUUGUAUGUUCUGUUGAUUAUAUUAUGUUCCUUUUUCUCUUUGCCUGUAUUCUUAUGCGUAGUAGGUCUUCUCUUUUCUAACCGUCUCCCACGAUUUUUCGUUUGACCUUCAUUUCCUAUAUCGUAUAGCAGCUUGCUGUUUAAUAAACAAUCCAUAUUGGAUAUAAGUUCCUCUUGCUGUUGUUUUCGUCUCUGUAUGUAUAUUGCGUACUCAACUGCUGAUCAGAAGUCUACCUUUCCAUAGAUCUUAGAAGCUACACUUGGCCAAAUUGUGAGUAUCGGCUUUAAAUAUGACUUACUAAAAACUCAAUUUGAAUAUAUUUAAACGCGGUGGAAGCAAGUUUUUAAUUUUUUUUUUUUCAUUAGAUAUCUGAUCUAACGUAUAUCGUUCUCAAUAGAGCAAGUUCUGUACAAAAAUACCUGGUAUGUUCAGGUGUUUCACGAUGCCGAUUAAAUUCACCGAAUAAUUUUAUCAUUGUACACAUUAGAUCUGCCUGUUCCUAUCAGAACACAAGUGAAAAUAAGUGUUAUUAAGAAUGUUAACAUUCAUCGUACUCUAUAGUUUUUCUUAUAUUUAUUUCAAUAAAUGUUAAAUCGUUUUUGUGAA